UUACCAGGGCGUGGCAACACUGAAUGGUAUGAAUUCAUCGUCAGUGGAGCUCUCACACAGUCGGCGCGCAAGCUCAUCGUUGAUAGCGUACACACCACAGUCGAAGAAUAAGGUGACCCUCACUGUUUAAAGAAAAAAGUAGAGACAAAACGUUUAAAACAAAAAGCUGGUCAAACAACAUCAACUGAUCUAAAAUCAAGAUGAAGAAAUUCCUUAUCUCUUUAACGCUUUGUCUGGCUUUUUCUGCUGUGUCAAAUGCAGUUCCUGUCGAUGACCAGUGUUAUGCCAACUUUCUUCAAAUCUUCGCCGGGAGUUUCGACGGAGCAACAAAUAUCUACAUAAAUGGGACAAGAGAUAAGGGUAACCGAGGGAUAAGAAUAACUCCAAUUACAAAUACAAGAUUAGGAAAUCCCGGGGAACAGAAAUUUUCCUUCCGCAAAACAAAAAAAGAUGGCAUUGUUACAUUUGAAGUUGAUGCAAUAAAAAUAGUAAACGGGACAAUUUCGGAAAAAUGGUACACACCUGAAAAGAACCUAACUGCUGGAGUUUUGCCAGAAAACUGGACUGCCAACAUGGCUAGUGAAUCUACAGAAGAAUUUCUAUAUAGUCGUUUGGGUAACGCUAAUGAUCAAUUCAUAUACAGAACAACAGAGUGGACGGUAAUACUUAACUGCAGUGGAUAUUUUUGGACGUUUCCAGAUGGAACUACGGUUGAACUGUUAAAGCUAAGCUAUGUGACUGACUGGCCAGCGAGCUUCAACCAUGUUCUAAGACCGCAAAAGCCUUGUCGUUACUGAUUGAUGUAUUGAACAUCAGUCUAUCAUGGAAGCUGCUACAAAUUACACAAGUUCAUAGAAACUGAAAACAUAUUUUAAAUUCUCAAGAGUAUAAUAUCUUUUUUUCAAAUGAUCCGACGUAAGGUCGUCGGCAGAAAUAAAACUAGAAAAAAUUAAAAUUAAAAAACACCUGGCAGUGUAAGUGAAAAUAAAGAAAUGUGUGUUUGUCUUGUUCUAUGAUAAAUAAAUUCUUUUAAAAAUA